CGAUCGCAAACAAGCUAAAACCCUGCGGCCGCAACCGCUAGGAGCUUCCCGUCGACCUGAUGUCAUUUCGUUCUUCUGCAAGGAAUAUGGCUUUCAGGUUCCGGCGACUCAGAGAAAUCUCAAAGUCGUUGCCUCAAUUUUACUCAGGAUAUUACCAUCAGCAUCAUCAUAGGCAUGCUGUUAGCUCAUUGCCAUUUUCCGUCGCUACAUCUUACGUUUCUGAGGGAGUUGAUAGAAGGAUUUUAGACAGUGGAUGCCACCUUCGGCGGUUUUCCACAACAACGGAGCUGCAGUGCAAGUCUUCUCCCGCAAAUGACAUUUUAUCCUUCAUUAAGUCAACCCUUGAUGAAUCUGAAGGCCCUAACCACUAUUGGUUGAAUAUAUGUGAUGGAAAUAAAGGAAUAUCUGAGAAGGAUAGAAUCUACUUAAUUCUUGCUGAUCAAUUUCUAGAAAUGACGAGUUCGGAUUCUGUUGUUUUGGUCGAAAAUGUAAAGUUCCUUCAGCACAGGUUUCCUCAGCUUCAUGUGAUUGGGCUUCAGUGUUCCAAUACUCUAUCUGUCGUUGAAAAAAGUGAGAUGAUCCAAUUUAUAAUGAGGGAAUAUGUUUCCUUUCCCAUUUUGUUAUCCAAUAAGAUUUUUGAGAUGGGGAGGGGGCUCUGUUAUAUUAUCUCCAAGGACUACAGUAAUCCUUUGCUCAUCAGUGAGAGGGACACAGACCUUAAUGUUCUUCGGAAAGCUAUUGAGGAGUUGCUUGAACCAGAAAAUGAGAAAUCUGGUCUGCCGAAUAUUGGGAGAACUACUUAUCUGAAACAUGCGGAGAUCAUUAAAGAACCAUAUUCAUGUUCGUUCAUGCAGAAUUUUAUUCUCCACUUUCCAGGCUGUAUAUCUGCUGAUGAAAAGGGUGGCCGACUCUUCCUUUCCGAUAGCAAUCAUAACCGGAUUAUUAUAUUUAAUGGCAACGGGAAGAUCCUGGACAUGAUUGGUUCUUAUCCAGGUUUUGAGGACGGAGAAUUUGAAUUGGUCAAAUUAGCUCGUCCAGCAGCUUCCUUUUAUCAUGCUACUCAGGAUUGCCUGUAUUUUGUGGACUCUGAGAACCAUGCCAUUAGGAAAGCUGAUUUGGGUAAGCGCGUUGUUGAAACUCUCUAUCCAGCAAACUACUCAAGUACGAAGAGUACUCAGUUAUGGAGCUGGAUCAAGGACCGAAUUGGUUUGGGAAGCCUUCCCGACAGAGAAGUGGAAGAUUUCAAUCCGCAGUCUCUGAUGUUUCCUUGGCACAUGAUUAAAUAUAUGGAUGAUAGAUUAUUAAUUUUAAAUCGCAGUCUUGGGACACUAUGGACCAUGGAUUUGGCUUCAGGAAAAAUUAUUGAAGUUGUUAAAGGGCAUUCAAAGAUUAUGGAGAACUAUAGGCAGUUGUUCAUGGACAGAGUGUCUGUUCUGAAACAGAUACCUGAUGGUAUGUUGCAGCUGCAAAGAGAUGCAAAGACUGUCACAGGGGGGCUACCGUACUUGGAUCUUUUAUCUUCUCUAACAACCUUUCAAAAUUGCCUAAUCAUUUGCGACUCAGUUGGACAGGUAAUUAUGAAAUAUAAUAGAGAAUCUGGUGAGAGCUCAAGCAUCGAAUUUUCAAAUUUUGGGGUCCUUGGAUUACCGUAUUGGUUUGCUCCACCUCCAGAGAAGGUUAUUUCGACUGCCGAUAGUUUCCAAGGAGCAGGGAUUGAUCAUAUUCACUUUUUCAGACUACUGCCUGGUAAGGUUGGUAUACAUAUCAAUGUUGAUCUUCCUACAGAUAUUGAACUAGUGGAAUCAAUACAAGAAGACAGCAUAUGGCGUCAGACAAGAGGAACUGCAACUGAAAUUUCAAUCGUCGAGAAAGUUUCUGAGCUCUCAGAAAAGGUCGGUUCGGCUCAACAGUGGUAUGAUGAAUUGGAUAGUCUAGCCUUUUCACCGCAAGAAUCAGAAGUGGUGGAAGAUAAUGUAAGAGCUGUUAACCAUAUUGGAGACGAUAAGUUUCAAAUUGAGUGUGCUGUCAAUACAAGUCCUGGAACUAGCGAGGUUAUAGUAUAUGCAGCUGUAUAUUUAAGGCAUAGAAGAGACCAAGAUUGGGAAGGCAAUGGUGACAAACAAGCAGCAGCAGCAGCCAGGAUAGCAGAUUUAUUGUACCCAGGAAGUAGAGGGAAGAGGAUAAAAGAGAGCUGCAUUCAGUUCCUCCUUGUAAACUGUAAAAGAGACCUGAGAGAGGUGGUUUUUGUGAAACCUUUGCAUGUGAGGAUAAAGCUGGAUACUAUGGCGCACCCUAAAGCUGAUAAUUCCAAAGGUAUUAUCCUUACAGACUCCUCUGUAGAACUCAAUUUAUCUCUUGCCUCCUAAGAAUAGAUCAUUAUUUUGGUACCUUUUUUGUGGCUUAUUGUUUUCUUAUUCUAUGGUCAUUCUAUUGUUCUAAUGGUGGAACAAUAUUGUUUAUUAUUAUUAAUUUCUUAAAUUAUUGGGUAUUAGGUCCUCCACAUUAUUCUCA